GAAUAAAUGUUAAGAUGUUGCUAACUUGAAAUUUAGGAGUGUGUUGGUGAUGGUAAUUACACAUGUUUUUAAUUUUUCUCACAGGUCUUUGGACUGUGAUCAACAAUGCGGUUAUAGAGUUCAUUGCCGAUGUUGAAUUUACUCAAAUUGAGAUGAUGAAACGUGUCGCAGAGGUCAACUUUUAUGGAAUGGUUCGUGUAACAAAAGCUUGCCUGCCUUUAAUCAGGAAGUCUAGAGGCAGGGUGAUUAAUGUAACCAGUGUAAAAGGUCGUCUGCCACUACCUACCGACUCUGCUUAUAUCGUGACGAAAUGGGCGGGAGAAGCCUUUUCGGAUAUUCUCCGUAGAGAGAUGUACAGGUUUGGUGUCAAGGUCAUCGUAAUGGAGCCCGGACAUUUUGGAGGAGUUACCGCGAUGCUUAUGAACAAAAAUGCAAAACUUGCCGAAGAUUACCUCAAUGAAGCUUGAGAUGAAGCCUCUCCCGAUGUAAAAGUGGCUUACGGUAGAGAGUAUAUAGACAACCUGAUAAACGGACUCAGUCAUAUAGCAGACGCUGGAGCAACCAGCACGGAUCCUGUUUCAGAUGCAAUGCAAGACGCUGUGGAGAAUGUAAAUCCAAAGUGCCGGUACCUUGUACAUGGAACAAAAAGACCUUUCGACAAGUAUUGUAUGCUUGCUGUCCUGAAUCAGGUUUUACCUGAAGCAAUGUCAGACUAUCUAGUUCGUAAAGCAUUCCCUUUGCCGCAUGCAGCACAACAAGUCAGAUGAGAAUUCAAACAGACUAAAACUUUCAUCAGUGGAUGUUUCAGGAAAUAAUGAAUGGACACUG